AUGUUAAUCUUCUCAUGGAACUGUCGAGGGUUGAGAAAUGACUCGACAGUUCUGGCUCUCAAAUCAUUUCUCCGUGCUACGAAUCCAUCGAUAGUGUUCUUAAGUGAAACAAAAGCUACUUCUACUGCUUCUAGUUUUCAUAUAACUACUUUAGGCUUCAAUAAUUAUGCAUUUGUUGGGUCAUCUGGUUACAAAGGUCUUAGUGGAGGAUUAUGGGUGCUUUGGACUGACGAUGUAUGCGUCAACAUAGUGUCCAAAACAGCGUCUCGGAGGAGACUAAUGCUGAUCCUUGGUCCCUGCUGUGUGUUUACUGUCCGCCAAAUCCCGCAGAACAUCGGCAGUUUUCGUGAAGAUAUCAUCCAGUUUGGAGCUACACAUUCUGAACCUUGGUGCUGUAUCGGUGACUUUAAUGCCAUUUAUGACUUCUCUGAGAAGGAAGGUGGACGUCCUUUCGAAAGUACAAAUAUGGAUAGCUUUAGGGAAAUGAUCUCGACAACAGGUCUCAUCGAUCUUGGGUAUGCUGGACCGGCAUAUACAUGGAUAAACAAUCAAGCUUCUCAUAGCCAUAUUAGACAAAGAUUGGACCGAGUGCUUGCUUCUCCUGAUUGGUGCUUUAAAUUUCAGCAUACUGCUGUAAAUCACUUACCAAGACUUGGUAGUGACCAAUCACCCAUUUUAUUAAAUACAAUGAGAAUUUUACAGCGUUAUAUACCAUCUUUUAAAUUUGAAGCUCACUAA